AUGUCAUCACCAAUCGUACUAAAAAAUAAUGAAAAUGAUUCAUUAGAUGAUGGUGUACCUGAACCAAAAUAUUUAACAAGUGAAAGUCGUUUAGCUGCAUAUGAUGUACUUGUUGAAUCAGAUCUUAUUAAUCUUCAUCAUAGACCUAUACUUGGAAAACAAACUGAAUGGGAGUUUCUGCCACAAGUUAAUCCUCGUGCACCUUGUGGAUUAGUAGGAUUUUAUAAUUGUGGUGCAACAUGUUAUAUGAAUUCAAUUCUUCAACAAUUAUAUAUGUUACCACAAAUAUCUGAACAUAUAUUAAGUGUUCCUGAUGAUCUUGAUAGUGCUAAUGGAACGAAUAAAACAGGUGAUUCAAGUCUAUUUUAUCAACUUCAACAAGUAUUUGGUCAUUUGAUGAAAAGUAAAAUGCAAUAUUCAUAUUGA